AUGGCUCCUAAUCGUACUCCAAAGCAAAACUUCGCCAUCGGCGAGGACAUCACGUGUGUCUACAAGACCCAUCCCUACGACGCCACAAUUAUCGGAAUCGAGAAUAAUCGAGAGGGAAAAGAGUGUUACUGCGUUCACUUCAAAGGAUGGAAUUGUAGAUAUGACGAGAAAAUUGUAAUCGGCGAGGAGAAAGACCGUAUUUUCAAAGGGACAGUGGAGGAUUAUUACAAGAAGAGCCACAAGACUGUGGUGACGGCUGUAGUCGCUGGAAAGCAAAAGCAGACAGCUUCAUCUUCCGCAGAUUCCAAUGGAACAUCUUCAGGCGCAACGGAGAAGGCUGCAAAAGCUCCAGCUGCCACAAUGCGCAAGUCCGCUAAAAAAGUUGAUGAGAGCAGCUCAGAAGCCGCCGAUCCUAAAGCAAAAGCCGAAGAAUCUUCACAGAACGCUCUGAAAGUGGAUCCGCCGCUAACUACUCGCAAGUCCUCGAGAACCACAACAGAGGCCACUGGAGCAAUGAAGAGAUUGACUGUUGCUCAGGAGACUGAGGAUGAAGCUCCGAAGGAAACGGUCCAGAAGAAAGCUCGAAUUGAGCCAGUAGAUUCUGCCGAAGAAAGUAAAGCGAAGGGGUCUACAGCUCCGAUGCGCAAGUCCGCUAAAAAAGUUGGUGAGAGCAACUCUGAAGCCACCGAUCCUGAAGCAAAAGCCAAAGAAUCUUCACAAAGUGCUCUGAAAGUGGAGCCGCCGCUAACUACUCACAAUUCCUCGAGAAAGACAGUAGAGGCCACUGGAGCAAUGAAGAGAUUGACUGUUGCUAAGGAGACCGAAGAUGAAGCGCUGAAGAGCCAGAAGAAAGCUCGAAUUGAACCUGUGGAGGAUGCCAGUAAAGCGAAGGGAUCCGCAGCUCCGAAGUCCGCCAGCAGCCGAGCCGAGGAUGGUGAGAGCAGCUCAACAAAUGAUGCAGCUGGCACAAGAUUCGUAAUCGGCGAGCUAGUCGCAUGCACCUACAAGGGAAAAGUAUAUGACGCGGUCAUCACCGACAUCAAGCCCGACAAGGAUGGAAAGGAGUGCUACUGCAUUCACUUCAAAGGAUGGAACAAUCGUUACGAUGAGCAAAUUCCAAUCGGCGAGGAGACAGACCGUAUUUUUAAAGGGAUAGCAGAUGGUUACCGAGCUCCAGUUGUCACAAUGCGCAAGUCCGCUAGAAACCAUGAAAAAUCCACAGAGCCUCAAGCGACGAAAGAGAACGCUCCGCGGCUAGUCGGAAAACGUAGAGAACAAUUCAUAAUCGGUGAGCAAGUCACGUGCACACAGAACGGAAAGCCAUAUGACGCGUACAUCGUUGACAUCAUAACCGACACUGAUGGGAAGGAUUUUUACUGCGUUCACUUCAAAGGAUGGAACAGCCGUUACGAUGAGAAAAUUCCAGUCGGCGAGGAGCAGGGUCGAUUGUUCAAGGGCUCGGCCGCGAAGUACGCAGAGAUGCUCGAGAUGAAGAAGUAGAUGGGAUCUGCUAAUAAAUUGUUAAAUUGCUAAAAUUUUGUGUUUGUUAAUUGUUCUUUUCAAGCUAUUUGUACAAUGAAUUCU